GCUCGAAAGUAAACAAAGCAGUGGCGGAGUAGGACGAAGGACUAGGAACUUUACCCACACAACCUCUCCUCGGACUUGAUUCGACGAGACGACCACCAUGCCGAGUAUCCUAGAGGCGUGCGAGGAUCUCUUCGGGGUCUCUUGCCUCUACAAGGUGUUGGGCGUGGAGAAAAGCGCCCGGGAGAACGAGCUCAAGAAAGCUUAUCACCGGGUGUCACUGAAAGUCCACCCUGACAGAGUGAGUGACGAUGAUAAGCAAGAAGCAACACAGAAGUUCCAAACUUUAGGCAAAGUCUACUCCAUCCUCUCCGACAAGGAUCGACGAGCUGUGUAUGAUGAGACAGGAGAAGUCGAUGAUGAGAACCUGGCCCCUGAUGACCGUGACUGGGACCAGUAUUGGAGACUUCUCUUCAAAAAGAUCACUGUGGAUGAUAUCAAGAACUUUGAAGAGUCUUAUAAGGAAUCUGAAGAGGAAAAGGCAGAUCUGAAGCAGGCUUACAUUGAUGGUGAGGGUGAUAUGAACUAUAUACUCGACAAUGUAUUGUGCUGCACCAUUGAGGAUGAACCAAG